GUCAGCAAGUGCACGAAAGCGUUUCACUACUUUUCGAUUGUUUGGACAUGCUUUGAUAUUUUUUCUGCAUUUACACCAUUGGACGUUGAUCAAAAUGAGCGACACGUCCUACGGUUUUGGCGUUAUCAACAAGAUGAGCAUCAUAAGUGGGAGUAUAUCAUCGGACAAUGAGUCCGUCAGGAAUGAAAUAUCAUCAUCGGACAACGAGUCCGUCAGGAAUGAUGUGUCAUACCUUUAUGCCAGAGAUCCAAGCAUCUUGGCUUAUGGCCAAAGACCAUUGCCACCUGUAGCAUCCAAGAAAAACCUUUACUCUCUGCUAGAAGAGAAAGAAGAUGACAAGGAAGAGCCAAGCCAAAGUAGGGAUACGAUAUCAACAGUGCUAACUACCACUGUUGAUCCCAGUACCAGUCAAACUAUCAAGGUAUUCUUGAGGAUGAAGCCUUUGCCCAAAAAAAUGAAGCUCACUCAAGAGCAAAUAGAUGCAUACCAAAUUUUAAAUUCAACCACGUUGAUGACGUCAAUGCAAUCCUUGGACAACAAUACAAGCUGCUUGAAAAAAGUCAAAGCUAGUGAAAUGGUUUGCAGGAAAUUUAUCUUCACCCAGACUUUCGAUGCAAUGACGUCGCAACUGGAGCUGUUUGAAAAUGCUGUGAAGCCCCAGAUGAUUGAUUUUUUAUCCGGCAAAAACUCCAUUGUUAUGACUUAUGGAACCACAAAUUCAGGAAAAACCUACACCCUGCAAGGCACUCCCGAGUCUCCAGGCAUCAUUCCUCGAGGAAUUGAAUUUCUCUUUAGCCACAUAAACCCCCGAGGAACGCCUUGCUUCAAACCAGUCAAUCUGUGCGACAUCGUUUAUUUGAACAGUCAGGAACGUGCCCAAGAGAUCGACGCCAAGAUGAAACUAUUGGCUCUGAAUCCAGGAGACAAAAACAUGUACAUAUCGACGUACAAUCAGAUGCAGCAGCGACUCGUACAGGAAUCGCCGAUGAGACCCAAUCGCAACUUUGAUGCGCAGUAUUCCGUAUGGAUAUCGUUUGCAGAGAUCUACAACGAAACGAUUUAUGAUCUACUGUGGAACGAUUGUCACAAGAGACGACCUGCGCUCAAGUUAGCGACCGAUGCCUGUGGCAGGACUUUCAUCAGGGGCUUGAAAAGCGUAUGCGUGAGCUCAGGAGCCGACGCCUAUCAGGUUUUAAUGGCUGGACAGUACAAUUUGAAAGUCGCUGCGACGGCAUUGAACUCCAGAAGCUCGAGAUCUCACUGCAUAUUUACCAUUAAACUUUUGAAGUACAGAAAAGAACUAGAUCCGAAUUCUGUCGAUGUCAGCAUGUUUGCCUUCUGUGAUUUAGCUGGCUCUGAACGUCUUAAAAAAACACUUAACGUCGGGGAACGACUUAAAGAAGCUCAGAACAUCAACACAAGUCUACUAGUGUUGGGACGGUGUCUAAAGACAAUUUACGAGAGUCAAAAUUCCAAACAAAAGAACGAGUCCAUCGGCCCGUUCCGUGAAUCCAAACUCACGAGACUCUUCCAACGCGCUCUGUCCGGCAAAGAACAGAUAGCUCUGAUUGUCAACGUAAAUCCUGUCCCCAAUCUGUACAUUGAGACGCAAAACGUACUCAAUUUUUCAGCUAUUGCAAAGAAGAUCGUCGUUCAGCGCACCAAUAUCGUUAAACGACGACAUUCGCAAUCGAGAUUCUCGCGAUUGGUCACUCAGAGCAUCAAGACCGACAUGGAUUGGGAGAACACAGAACUUGACGACGAAACAGAGCCUCCCGAAACCGAGGUUGAAUCAGACAUCGAUGAGAAUGACGAAGAGGCAUAUGAAGAAUUGCUGACGGAGAAUGAAAUACUCAAAAAAGAAAAUAAAGAGCUGAAGCAGUCCAUUCUAACGAAAGAAAUGCAGACGCGACAGGAAUUGACGGACGUGUACACUGAAAUCAUGAAGAAACUCGAGGCUGACUGGAAAAAUCGUCUGUCAGAUAUGGAAGAGCAGCAAGAGGAUCUUCGAGAAUUAGCCGUCGAACAGAUCGAGCUUUACUACAAAGAAAAACUAAAGAAACUGAAUUCUCGAAAGAGAUCUCGAUCAUCAAUGAUGGAGGACGACGAGGACGAUGACAAAUACAUAGAAGACCUGGAGGCCGAAAACACAAAGCUCACAGCGAAAGUCGAGACCUUGAAGAAAACUAUUCGCGACCUGAAGCAGGUGAAAGACGUUACUGAAACGGAAAAAACAAAAAUGGCCUUUGAGCUUGCGGUGGCCAAGGAGGAAGCGAAAUGCGCCGGCGAUAAGCUUAAAAUGGCUCAAGAAAGCAUUUGCUCCGAAGAUGCUCCUACUGAAUACAUAAAUAAGUUACUGGAAGAAAGUGCACUGAAAGACGAAAGGAUAAAGAAAAUGAAAAUAUUCUUAAACGAAGCUAAGGAAGAAUAUAUCGAAAUAUCCAGUCAUGCCCACAAGAUGGAGGUCCGUGUCAAGCAAUUGGAAGAUGAUUUGACUGAAAGUACGGAGCAGAUCCGAGACUUGGAAGAACAACUCAUCCAAGCCAACGCUUACUCCUCUAAGCAGAGUAAAGCUAUCGAGGAUAUGGAGGAAGAAUUGGAACAACAAGUAAAGAAAGUUGCUCUAGCCGAAGAGAAAGCACGGAAAUCGCACCAGGAGUUGUUGGCAGUGAGUUCAUCUGAUGAUAAGGUUGAUGAUGAGUCUAAAGAUCAAAGCAACUCGGCAGAAAAAGCUUUGCUCGAAGAGUUGAGAUUAAAAUUGGAGCUUGUGGAGAAAGAAAACAGCCAACUGCAGCAAAAAUUGGAUGCAAAGUGCGAUGAAAUCGAGUCUUUGAAAAGCAAUCUUGAUGUGACCAAGAGUCAACUGGACAAAGUAACGGAAAAAGUUAGUAACUUGAGCAUCGACGAGUCAAAGCAGAAAAAGUGUUUCACUGUCGAUCAAAAAUGGCAAACUGAUGAAUCGUCUAUUGAAGAAAAAUUUGAGCUUGUGGACGUUAGUUUGCAAACAAUCGGAACUGAAACUUCGAUUGUGAAAACAGACGAAAAGUGUCUACAGACUUCGGUGUACUUGAACGAGUCUCAUAGUAAAGAGGAAAUCAUCAAUGAGAAAGAUACAAAAAUUAAGGCCAGUACAGAAGCUUAUGCAGAAUUGGAAAAACAGUUUGACGAAAUGAAACUAGAACUCGAUACGUGUAAGGCUGAAAAAUUACAAGUUCAAAGCUCCUUCGAAGAGGAAUUGAAAGAUUUGAAUAGCAAAGUAAGCCAACUAAAAGCUCAGAUGGACGAAAAAAAUGAAAAAAUUUUAGAAAUGCAAGCAGAAUUGUGUCUAGUACUUCAGAAUUCGAAAAAGGAAAGUGAUAACUUUAAAGAACUGAUGUUAGCACAAGAAGCCAAAUGUAAAGAGUUGUCAGUCAAAUUAGAAGAAUUACAAAAAAAAGAAGCGGACAAAGACGUGGAAAUCAAUACUUUACAAAAAGAAAUGAAAAAUUUGAUAAGAUCAAAUGAAGAAACUGUUUUCAAAAUGGAAGGAGAAAUGAAAAGUGCAUUGCUUCAAUACACUAACGCCCAAGAGGAGCUAAAGAGCGAGGGGGAGAGAAGAAAAAAAGUGCGCAAAGAUUACGAGGAUGUCAUUCACGUUCUUGAAAAAAGGAUCGAUGAGCUUGAGGAAACUUCAUUGAACAAGCAAGCAGAAACUGAAAAACUCGAAAAAGUAGUCGAAGAGUUAAAAAAGGCUCUGAGUGAGUCAGAUCGCCAGUUGGAAGUUUUUGAGAAGAAUCAAAUUAAGACUCUGUCUCAAUAUGAUGAUGUGAUCGCGUCGCGUAACGAAGAACUGAGUCAAUUAAAAGCAGAAAACAAGAAAUUCCAAGACUUAUUACAGUUAGUCAAAGAAAACACAGAAAAUGUGGACGUUCUCAAAAGUACUAGAAAGCCUCGACGUAAGCCAGUAAAGAGUACUGCAGAUGAAAAUACGUCAGAAGAUGACCACACUGAAAGCAUCAGAAGUUGUAAAUCGACGAAAAAAAAACCCUUGUUUACACCUAAAGCGGAAAAACCACUCCUCACACCCAAAGUAGAAAAUAUCUCUACAGUUGACCUAUGUAGUUCUGAAUCCAAACGAAAUGACGAUGCACAAGAUUUUGCAGCGCCAGCAAGAGUUACUAGACGCAGGAAACUGUUCAUGCCACAAGAUGAUUCUUUCAUUGACCUUGAAGGUGAACAGUGUGACCCUUCUUCUCCACCUAGUGCUCGAAGCUUACGAAACAGGAAAAAAUGAGUUACACGUGUACAGUAUAUUUUUUUAACAUUUCGUAUUUUAUUUAGACCAACGUGCAGUAAAUUUUUAACUUGUAAAUAUUAAACUACUCAUUGAAAAAAAAAUUGUUAUUUAGUUAAUAUCCUAGUUGCAAUAUAAGUGUUUAUAUUACUUGAUUUUAAAAACAAAAUGAGCAAAAAUUGUGAGACAGAUCUACAAUAAAAAUUUAUGUUCUGUAAUCUCUGUAAUCCUGUAGAAUAAUUAUAAUA